CGCGCUCGGGCCGGGGCGCCGGCCUCUGCGGCCGGCUGCGGCCGCGUCGGGCAGGGUGCCCGGGUUUACGACGCGCGACAGGCGGCGGGGGCGGCCCUACCCUCCUGCCAAAACCUGUCAUCGUCGCCCCGGAGCGGCUGCGCCGGGGCAAAAAUGCUGCCGCCACGCGGGGGCCUGCUCUGGCUUGGCCUGGUCCUGGGCUCCGUCGGAUCCGCGGCGCUGGGCAGCUCGGCCACAGAUGCUCUGAACGUCCUUUUAAUCAUCGUGGAUGACCUACGCCCCUCCCUGGGUUGUUACGGGGACAAGCUCAUAAGGUCCCCAAACAUGGACCAGCUGGCCUCCCGCAGCCUCCUCUUCCAGAAUGCCUUUGCCCAGCAAGCCGUGUGCGCCCCGAGCCGCGUGUCCUUGCUCACCGGGAGGAGACCAGACACUACCCGCCUGUAUGACUUCAACUCCUACUGGAGGGCACACUCUGGAAACUUCUCCACCAUCCCCCAGUACUUCAAGGAGAAUGGCUACGUGACCAUGUCGGUUGGAAAAGUCUUUCAUCCUGGAGUAUCUUCCAAUCAUAGUGACGACUCUCCAUAUAGCUGGUCUCUUCCACCUUAUCAUCCAUCCUCUGAAAAGUACGAGAACACCAAGACCUGCAGGGGACCAGACGGAGAACUCCAUGCCAACCUGCUGUGCCCUGUGGAUGUGGCAGAUGUGCCCGAGGGCACCCUGCCUGACAAGCAGAGCACCGAGCAAGCCAUACGGUUGUUGGGAAAGAUGAAAACGUCUGCCAGUCCUUUCUUCCUGGCUGUGGGCUAUCAUAAGCCACACAUCCCCUUCAGAUACCCCAAGGAAUUUCAGAAGCUGUAUCCCUUGGAGAACAUCACCCUAGCUCCUGAUCCCCAGGUCCCUGCCGGCCUCCCUCCUGUGGCCUACAACCCCUGGAUGGAUAUCAGGCAGCGGGAGGAUGUCCAAGCCUUAAACCUCAGCGUGCCCUACGGCCCGAUUCCCGCCGACUUUCAGCGGAAAAUCCGCCAGAGCUACUUUGCCUGUGUUUCGUAUUUGGAUACGCAGGUUGGCCACCUUUUGAGUGCUCUGGACGAUCUUCAGCUGGCGAGCAGCACGAUUGUGGUGCUCACCUCGGAUCACGGGUGGGCUCUAGGCGAACACGGAGAAUGGGCCAAAUACAGCAAUUUUGACGUCACUACUCGCGUGCCCCUGGUGUUCUAUGUUCCGGGAAGGACGGCUCCGCUUCCGGCGGCAGGCGACAAGCUUUUCCCAUACCUCGACCCUUUUGAUUCCAUCUCAGAAUCAGUGGAGCCAGGCCGGCAAGCCGGGGACCUCGUGGAACUGCUCUCUCUCUUCCCCACGCUCGCGGGACUUGCAGGGCUGCCCGUCCCUCCUCGCUGCCCCAUCCCCUCGUUUCACGUGGAGCUGUGCCGAGAAGGCCGGAACCUUCUGAAGCAUUUUCAGGUCCGUGACUCGGAAGAGGAUCCGUACAUCCGUGGGAAUCCCCGUGAGUUGGUGGCCUAUAGCCAGUACCCCCGGCCUGCAGACUCUCCUCAGUGGAAUUCUGACAAGCCGAGUUUAAAAGAUAUAAAGGUCAUGGGCUAUUCCAUACGCACAGUAGACUAUAGGUAUACUGUGUGGGUUGGCUUCAAUCCCCGGGAAUUUCUGGCUAACUUUUCAGACGUCCAUGCAGGGGAACUGUAUUUUGUAGCUUCUGACCCUUGGCAGGAUCACAAUAUGUAUAAUGACUCCCAAGGUGGAGCCCUUCCCCGAUCGUUGACGCCUUGAGUUUUGCCAACCGCAGAGGGCAUAUAUAACGCUCUCCUGUCCAGCUGGUGAGAGAAGGAAUUACACUGGUUAUUUCGUGCUUACCUGUAAUAUUGGAAGCAACCCCAGGGGUAGGCAGUCAAAACAGGCGUCAACAAUUUGGCCUCAGAAUACGUAACAGCCGAAACUUUUGAUUUGUCUUUAUAAUUGGUAAUUGGACUGGGCUGAACCUCUUCUUUCCUUUUUUUUGGAACACUCAUAGCUUAUUUGUUGAAUGAAUAAGUACAGAGUGAGCAAACUAACAUUGUCAUAAGUUUAGCUAUCAAGACCAUAAUAACUGAACAUAACACUGUACUCAAGAAAUACUUUAAGUAUUUGUGAAAUUUAGUGCAUUUCAAAAAGUAACCACAUGUCAAAUUAGGUGUGACACAAAGUUCCUAGUUCUUUCGUUUAUAAUUUAAUAAUAUAUCUUAUUUAGCCCAAUAUAUUCAAAAUAUUAUAUCAGCAUGUAAUCUAGGUUUCUUUUUAAAAUGUAAAAUAAUAAUGCUAGAUGCCAGUGCCUUGAAGUCUAGCUUCAGUUUUUCUAAGAUCACAAAUUUUCAAAUCCCAAAAUAAAAUAUGCAUGAAGUGAUUCAUAUGGAAUUUCUACAUCAAAUAAUAAAUAAUGCUCACUAAACUAGAGGCAUGAGAUGUAUGAGAAAUUCAGUUAAAAUUUUUCAGAGACUUUCUGGCCCAAAUAAUAAUUUGUUAGCAACUAAUAUGACCUUUGAACCCAAAGGCAUCUAUUAAAAGGUAUCUUUAUUCACAGUGGAAAAUAGUUACAGGCAUAACUGUAUCCAUGAAUUGAGUCAUUCAAAACCAUUAAUGUUCUCCUUCUCUAGAGAUGGUUGGUUGCAAACAUCCAUUUAUCCAGGAGACAGGAAAUAGUCUACUUUUUAAGUGCUGAUUAAAGACAACAUUAAUUUUGUUAAAUUCUAAAUUAUUUUGAGAACUGUGAAAAUUUUUCAUUAAUAUAAUAUUAGGUGAUUUCUAAUCCCCCAGAAUGUGGUUCUGUAUUCCCUAAAUAUGAAAGUAACCAGAAAGGCAGGUGGUAGUAAUAAGCUUAGCCUAUGUCAUCUUAAAAAUGCUGGAGUAUUCACAGGUCAUAUUCACAGCACGUUGAAGUUGAUUAAUUAUCAGUAGUCACCAGAAGAGUCAAGCACUCUCUUAAUAGACAUCUAAUGUAGUCCUGUAUCAAAGUAGCCUUUAGUAAUUCUUUGUCUACAAGUGCUGCUUUGGUAUUUAAAUAUUUGUGAAACAAAGUACGGCCAAUUAAGUUACUGCACUGUGUUAAAUUGUAAACAAAAAGGCAAGAUAUUAUAAGAUUACUUCAAAUCAGUAAAAUUUCGAAUACAGAUUUGUUUUUACUAAUUAGCCUACAGUGGAGGCAUAUACGGUAACACGACAAUCUUCUAAGCGAUUAAGUGACAGUGUUCUGGCAACAGGUUCUGCCUGAGGAGUGGAGGGCCCUAUUCCUCUCUCCUGAUCCCGAAGCUCGAGUCUCUUCUGGGAAGCCUCAGCUUUGUAGAUGGUUUCCUUCAGCCUUUUCUUGCUCCUUCUUCAUCCUAUCUUCUUUGUCACUCACAUCACUUCCACUAAGAAUCUUACAAUCCGGUCAGAUUCCUCAUGAUGUAUUUUCAGCGUAUUUAGCUUCAUCUCCUACUGCACGGUUACAACGAGAAGUUUUCACCCAGGCUUUUAUUUUGCAUUCAUGGUUGACUAUUAUAUGUACACGUCAUCAUUUUUUUCUCUCUUUAUUUCUUGAAGCACAGUUUUAGUAUCAAAAAUCUCCAAAUUCGGGCUUCCCUGGUGGCGCAGUGGUUGAGAGCCCACCUGCCGACGCAGGGGACGCGGGGUUCGUGCCCCGGUCCGGGAAGAUCCCACGUGCCGUGGAGCGGCUGGGCCCGUG